AUGGCAUCCGUUUCAUCUUUCCGGUACUCAACUGGCGAGAUCGCCACCGCCGAGGCGGCUAAGUCCUUUUCAUGGGAGGCACCUGUACCGGUGAAUAGUUUCUGGGACAGUUUCAGUUACCCCACUGCCCGAAACUUCCUGGGCAACUUUUCAGAUCCCGAACUGGAACAGCUCGCCAUCGACUCGGUGGGAAUAGACCCCAAUAACACCGCAGACCAGCAAACAAAGCUUCAGCUUCUCCUUCAACUACUCCGGAACAAGUUAGCAAAAGAAGAAGCGGCCACUUCGCCACCUCAGUCACUCCAUGAAGUCGAUUACAAGCGGUGGAAUGGACUGUGGCAGGGAAUAUAUACCCUGGAGAAUGAGUUAGGCCUCCCGCAGGCCGAGGAAACUGUCCGCAUGCUAGUGGAGAAAAGGCCGGACGAGUCGAACGUUGUCCCUCCCCACAUGCUAGCGGAGCACCUCGUUAAGGUUGGCAAAUAUAAGGAAGCGGAGGAAAUUGCGCGGCCGGUUUGCGAGUGGAUGGAUGCUCGUCCACACCUUGGUAAGGCCUCUCCGCAAGCUCUCAGCGCUCGCAGGAUUAUCGCAAGAGCUUUAUGGGGCCAGGGUCCUUCACGACGAUCCGAGGCUGAAGCUUUAGUUGCUGAGAUUGGUGAACUUGUUGCUGGAAUGGGUGGAAGCAGGUUUGACAUUUACCAAGAAGAGGAGGCGAGGCUUAAGAAGGAAUUGGUGGCUGAUCUCCAGGGCUGA